AGUGACAGUAUAAAACUUGCCUCCUGUUCACUGUUAAGCACAACAUCCAGGCACAGACUCAAAGAUGGCAUUUUUUCUUCUCCUGGUGAUGUUGGCCACAUGUGCUGCAGUUCCUGAAGAUCUAUCGGAUAAAAUGUUGACUUUCCCACAGGAAACCAAGACAGCUAAUGUAAAAGUGACCACGUCAGUCCAGGAUUUCCGUGCUGUAACUGUCUGUCUCAGAUCCAUUACAGACCUUCGCAGAGACCACACACUUUUCUCUCUGGCGACACCUUCUCAUCCCAAUGCCUUCUCGAUAUUCUGGGUGACGUCAACAAAUUUGUUUUUGGUCGGUGUCGGCCAACCUUUCACAAGAUUUGGAGCAUUGGACUACAAACUGAACGAGUGGCACUCUAUUUGCGCCACAUGGAAUUCUGCGUCUGGUCUGGUGCAGCUGUGGGUAGAUGGAAAGCCCUCAAUUAGGAAAUACAUUGGUGGAUCAAGAAUCAGUAGACCCAGUGUUAUCCUCGGACAGGAGCAGGAUUCCUAUGGUGGAGGUUUUGACAUUAAACAGUCUUUCGUCGGCAUGCUGUCUGAUGUCCACAUGUGGGACUACGUCAUUUCACCCCGUGAGAUCCAGCGCUACAUGGAUGAUCGAUACUUCACUCCAGGGAAUGCGAUCAACUGGAGGGCUCUGGAGUGCCGCAUCACUGGAAGAGUGCUGAACGAAGACAAGCAAGUGCCCUGUGUGGUCUCGUCCCACUAA